AGUUUAUUUAUCUCUCUCUCUCUCUUUUUCAUCUGUGAUCAGUGAUGAGUUCACUGAUGUACGUUGACGAGAAGUGAGAGAGGUUAUAAACAUGAGUAAUAUUUAUAUACAAGAACCGCCUACGACAGGCAAAGUAUUGAUGAAGACAACGGUUGGCGAUAUAGACCUAGAAUUAUGGACAAAGGAGACUCCUAAGGCUUGCAGAAAUUUUAUACAGCUUUGCAUGGAGGGCUAUUACAACAACACAAUAUUUCACAGAGUCAUAAAAGGCUUCGUAGCACAAGGUGGAGAUCCAACAGGAACAGGAGAAGGCGGUGAGAGUAUAUAUGGACAACCUUUUAAGGAUGAGUUUCACACAAGAUUACGUUUCUGUCGGAGAGGUUUAGUUGCUAUGGCCAAUGCUGGUAAAGAUGAUAAUGGUUCCCAAUUUUUCUUUACCUUGGGCUCAACACCCGAGUUACAAAAUAAGCAUACUAUCUUUGGCAAAGUUACUGGCGAAACUAUUUACAAUAUGCUCAAAUUGGAAGAUGCACUUGUAGACGAAAAUGAUAGGCCUCAGUAUCCACAAAAGAUUUUAAUAACGCAAGUGCUAAGUAAUCCAUUCUCAGAUAUUAUUCCAAGAGUAGUACCUGAAAGCAAACAAGACAACAAGGAAAGCAAGAAAGAUAAAAAGACUGGUGUUAAGAAUUUCAAGUUAUUGUCAUUUGGAGAAGAGGCUGAAGAAGAUGAAGAGGAGUCAUCAAUUUUAAAUAAACAAUAUAGUGGCAAAGGAAAAUCAGCACACGAUUGCUUAUCCGAUCCAAAGUUAAGCUCGCAACCUGUGGUUGAACCAGCUGGACCACCAAGUAAAAAACUCAAAGAGGAUCGGAGCAGCGAUUGGGAGAAUGAUGAUGAAACACGCGAUCCAGAAGAAUUGGCUGCUCUUGCAAAGGAAAAAGAAGCGGUAAAAGAAAGGAUAAAAAAUAAACUGAAGGAUUCUAAGAAGACUUCCGAGUUAAAACUGGAAAUUGAGAAUGAUGAAGUGAAAGCUGAAGAGUUAAAUGAAGAUGCAGAAAUCGAAGAAUAUUAUUUGGGAAAAGAUAGAGACGAGGAGCGAAAGAAAAAGGCCGAAGCAAUAAAAAAAGAAAUACGCGAUCUAAAGCGAAGCGUGAAAAAUGAGAAGAAGGCAAAGGAGGCAGACGAAAAGCUUCAAUCUGAAAAGAAGGAAAGUAAAUCUGAAAUAAUGAAAGAGUACAUAGAAACUCAGGAAAAAUAUAAAGAAGCAAAGACAAAAUUGCCUAAGAAGGGCAAAACGCGCGAGGAUUUUACAAUAGAACUGUUAAAGAAGUUCAAAAAUAAACUUCAAAACGCCAAGGAUAAUGUCUCGGAUUCUGACAAGAAGAUAUCGAACAAUAUCGAAGACGAUGAUCCGCAUGACGAAUCCUGGAUGGCACACGCUCUGCGUUGCGAAGAGAAGGUACCAGUGCUUGCCAAGGAUGCCAGCACGAAAAAUGACGAUUGGUUCGAGAUUUAUGAUCCUCGAAAUCCUUUGAAUAAACGGCGAAGGGGAGAGAAGUCCUCUAAAUCUAAAGACGACAAAGGCAACAAAGACGGUAUCCGUCCACGAGAUUGGCAACCGCGAAGAUCAAAUUAUAAAGUGCCUUUGAGAGUGAUGCGAUUAUGUGUGCUGGGGAUGUUUCUACCGUCUGUCCUUAUUGCUGGACCGCUAUAUCUGCGAUACCGCGUGUAUUCCGAACAAUUAUACGCUUUAACGAUAUCAGAUCAAAGACUGAUCGACGCCAAAAUAUCCACUAUUUGGUGCCAAAGUCAGGUGGUCAAAGUUAAUGCCACAUUUAAUGCGUAUCUGAUGAGCAACGAACCAGUAAUCGAAAAGGAAGCAGUACCAGUUUCGAUGACGAGACAUCUUGUCAUGGAAGAUGACAUGAAGGAGUACUGGGGAUUUUAUCUUCUGCGUGGCAGCAGCGUCACUGUUUCGACUUGUGUAAGAUGGCCAGGUGCCUCUUUAACGAUAAUCCGUGGAUUUAAGAAUCUGCACGAGUGUGCCUUCAUCGGAGAUGACAGCAGCGAGGAACUUGAGGAGCUCCUUGAGGUUGCUAAGGAACAGGGGCUUCUUGAUUUGACGAGGACUACGGAGGCGACGCGUCUUAAUAUACCUGAAAAAAUGGGACGAGUUAGACAGGAUGUACAGUUUCAUCAUAAAGGCAACGCCCUGCGCUUAAACAUUUCCAAAUCAUCCGAGAAUCAACUGGGCAGUCACGAGCUGGACGCUCAGGCGAUGCGGAAUAUACUCACUCAGCUUUUGGCUAAGACUACCGACACGAAGAAGAAGCAGAAAGAGAAUCCGCAUCAUCAUUAUGAGGCUGUUUUCAGGGAGGACACUAAUAUCGAUAAGCCACCGACCGUAAAUCAUCCUAGAAAUUCAUCUUUCGGAGAUCAGCCUCUGCGGAAACAGUCGAUAAACAGAUCUCGCAGUAAUAAAGAGAUAUCGGAAAAUAGUACAAAAUCUACACAAUUAUCUUCAAAUAUGACGUUUACCUCUGUAAAAGAACUUGAAAUCAAUCGGAAUUCCACGUCUUUUUUCGAUCCUCGUCCUACGAUAUCCAAAACACAAGUGAAGACCGGAACGGCAGAAGAAAUUGCGAAAAAGCAAGAAGAGUCAAAACCCAAACGAAACGAGACGAACUCUGCGGAGGUGUUCCAAGACGUCCUGCGAAAGAUCAAUUCCUUAGGCGACCGUGGCAGACAAAUGUUGCGUAAAUUGAUGGACGAGAUUGAUGCACGGAGCAAUUUCGAAGGUGCUGCGUUGAAACAGUUGGUAAAUGAAACGAUGAAUGACAAAAAAUUGUCGAACGAAGCCAAGCGGAGGAAGAGAAGAGACUUUGUUCUUUCUUCGCCAAUGCAUCAAAUUUUAACGGAGGAGGAUGAAGACGGUGACGUAGCGCUAGAAGAGGAUACAUUGAACCCAGACGGUAUUGCGGAGGUCCGAGGCGUCGUGAACGAAACAACCUUGAACGACAGAAGUAAUUCCGAGUUCUGGAGCUCGUUUAGCAGUUCGGAGGAGCGGUUGCUGGAAUGCAAGGGUCUCAUCAUGAAUUUACCUCUGACACCGCAUCGUUAUUGUACACCUAAACACGAAAGUCAUCAUUCUGCGGCUUCCUUUGCUAAUACUGUGACAUACAGAAUACCUUUAAACGGAUAUUACUUCUUUGUAUUUAAUUCGGAGAAUGAGGUCCAAUCUAAUUACGUGAGAGUAAAAUUUGAUCUUUUGAAGACGGUCUACAAUACCUCAAAUCCCGUGUACGCAUGCAAAAAUAGCACGGAGGAGUGCUCGUUACCGUUUAAAAUCUUCAGCAAAGAAAGAACGGUAUUAGAAUUGCCAUUAAGUAACAAUGAUUCGCAAUGGAACGAGGAGUAUGUUGGUGUGUCUACGUGUGAGCCACGAAUGACAAUUUACACCAUUUGUAUUAUUAUAGUACCUUUUCUGAUCCUUGGUUUUGCUUUUCACUAGAAAAUUGCGUUGGCAACAGUAUUUUUCAAUAUUUAUCUUUAUAUCGAUAUGAUUGACGAUGUCAAUUAACAAUAUCAUAUCAGAUCCAUAUCUGAAAAAGAAAGGAUUAUUAUAAUAACAGUUCGAUACUUUAUUACACAUUAUUAAAUCAGUAAUCAGAAAAUACUUACUACGGACGAUACUUUUACUUGUAAUUAAAGUAAUUUAAAGAAAAGUAAGUCUCAAAAAGACAAGGGGUAAAUAUUUGAAAUUGACACAUUAUUUAAAUUUUUAAAUUUUCAGAAAAUUUGUUUUCUUUUUAUUUUUUAAAUAUCAAAGGAUCAGUAUCUUUAAUAUCGAAAUAUACAUAUGUACAUAUGUUCUAUUGAUAAAUCUGCCCUCAUAAAAAUGCUAUAGUUUUAAUAAUUUUAUUCAUUUAUAUUAAGUAAAUAUUUAAAA